AUGUUCCCCGGGCCUCGACCGACUCGAGCAUCUCCCCCACCCCCACGACGUACCUAUGGCGGCGGUGUUACCUCGAGUCGUACAUCCGCUGGCUCUACUAGGAAGAACUCUAUGCUCCGCGACGCCGUCUCCGUCACGAGUAUCCCCCCUAAACGGUCGCGGCUCUACCGGGGGGGUAUUCACUACAUCCAGAACUACAACUCGGUUAAGGAGGUAUUUAACGCUAAUAAGCGCAUGCCCUUCGAUAACGACGCCGUCGAGGAGCUGGCGGUCGACCCCUUAGUUAGUGACACCGCCCGUACCCUAGCCGGGGGGCGUCCCCGCGAGCGGCGUAUCCUACGCCGGGCGUAUACGCAGAGUCGGUACCGCGCCCGCGUUAACCUACACGACAACCGCCGUAAACACUACGGCAUCCGGUAA